CGCUCGCUCGCUGGCUGGCUGGCUGGCUGUGCUGGCUGGCAGUUGCUCCCAAAAGUGGCACCGAGAUCUCCAGCUCUGAAACUGUAGCAAAGGACCCGGUAAAUGAGAGCUUCUCGAUCACUACGUGCCCUGUGUUGCAUCCAUGACUUUACACACCUGGCUGCUGUACGGGCUUGGAUUCAUCUCAUCGCUCUGCUUGACACAAGUGGAGGGUCUGCAGUGCUAUGGCUGCAACAUCAUCCAGGGCCAGCGCUACGUGGACGUGGGCUGCUCCAACCCGGAGGUACUCACCUGCACCCACUCGCACAAGGGCUUCAAGCACCGCUUCUGCAUCAAGACAGAGAGCACUGCACUGGGCAUCGUCCUGACCAGCGGCUGCGCCACGUCCAGACAUUGCCAGCAACAGGAGCUGCCGGGCGUCCGAAUCCACUGCUGUGACUCCGACCUGUGCAACAGCGCCCCCUCCAGGAGCCCGCGCACACUACUGCAGUGCGCCUGCGCGCUGGGCAGCCUCCUGAUGCUCAGAUUGUGGCUGUGACGGAAAAGGGGACACAAACUCACUGAGUGUAUUUAAAAAUAAUAAUAAUAAUAAAUACCAUAAAAACUGUCACGUCCUCACUCGCUUGACAUUUCAUGUCAAGGGUCGAACGGAUUGUAAUGACAUCCGGUAACAACUUUGCAAAUACUGGGAGACAAGCUUUCACUCUUGUUUUUGUUAAUUUAUAAUUACACAAUAAUUAGUUUAAAAAAUGUCCACACGACGACAGGUAUGAGUGCACAUUUGCAAAAAGUUGCGUAUUUAUUUUCACCUUUUGUUUCGUUUUUUGAAGCGGUAGAAAAUGGAUCAAAAAAAAAUUGCAUAUAGGCAUUCAUGCUGCAUUCAAUACAACUGGGAAAUCGAAGCUUUACAUGCCUCUGAUAGGAAAAAUGUGACAAAGUCGAAACUUUUUUUUUAAAUAAAUCUUUAUUUGUAAACUGCAACAUUAACAAAAAAAUCGAAAAAUAAUAAUAAUCAAAACAAGUACAAAAACAGUACAAGAACUACAAACCAAAGUAACUAAAGUAGAAUGAAAAUAAAUAUAAACAACAAAGUGCAAAGCCGUAGGCUCACACAAGUUCAGUAAAUAAUUGAAAUUUGGAACACAGCAUUGUCUGUCUAUCUGUGUUGGCCCUGCGAUGAGGUGGCGACUUGUCCAGGGUGUACCCCACCUUCCGCCCGAUUGUAGCUGAGAUAGGCGCCAGCGCCCCCCGCGGCCCCGAAAGGGAAUAAGCGGUAGAAAAUGGAUGGAUGGAUGGAUGGCAUCGUUUUCACAGCUUUUUGGUUGUUAGAAGUAGAGAGUGUUUUAACGUAGAGUUCUAAUUCUUUUUUUAAAGGCACAAAAAAAAGGUUGGGUAUUUAGAAACUUACAUUUAUGAAUAUAAGACUUAGCGAAUAGUAUAAUGAGGUUGGAAAGGUACAAUUCAUUAUCAACUCUUUUUUUUUUUUUUUAAUAUUCCAGUUUUUGAGGUUUAAUACAAUUGUGGAUUAAUGAAAAAUGUUAUCUACCACACCCAUUUUAGAAUUUUUUUCUUUUUUUAAAUUUUAUAAACCUUUAUUUAAAAACUGCAACAUUUACAAAUAUCCAUCCAUCUUCUUCUGCUUAUUCAAGGUCAGGUCACGGGGGCAGCAGCCUAAGCAGGGAAGCCCAGACGUUCCUCGCCCCAGCCACUUCAUCCAGCUCUUCCCGGGGGAUCCCGAGGCGUUCCCUAGCCAGCCGGGAGACAUAGUCUACACAACUUGUCCUGGGUCUUCCCCGUGACCUCCUACCGGUCGGACGUGCCCUAAACACCUCCCUAGGGAAGUUUUCGGGUGGCAUCCUGACCACCUCAUCUGGCUCCUCUCGAUGUCAAAACCCAAAGCUCAUGACCAUAGGUGAGGAUGGGAACGUAGAUCGACCGGUAAAUUGAGAGCUUUGCCUUCCGGCUCAGCUCCUUCUUCACCACAACGGAUCGGUACAUUAUUGAAGACGCCGCACCGAUCUGCCUGUCAAUCUCACCAUCCAAUCUUACCUCACUCGUGAACAAGAUUCCUAGGUACUUGAACUCCUCCACUUGGGGCAGGGUCUCCUCCCCAACCCGGAGAUGGCACUCCACCCUUUUCCAGGCGAGAAUCAAACGAAAAAUAAUAAUAAUUCAAAUAAGUACAAAAACAGUACAAAGGUGUUACUCAAACUACUUCACUGAGAUGCGGUAAUGUGACGUCACAACAAUUUUUAUCUGUAUGUAUUGGACAUUAUUUUCCUACAACGAAGGUUUGUUGUAAGGACUGUACAAAGAAAAAAAAAUACGAGCUUACAGUAUUCAGCCAUGUGUUUGGGGUUUUCUUAAAUUCCAACACAACACUUUAAAAUCAAACCUUGUCAGAGCUGCAUGUGAAAAACCUCAGAUUUCCCAACUGUCUUAAAUGCAGCACAAGUUAUCACAAAAAACAAAA